UUUGGCAGCUUUGCGCAUGUUGCACACGAUUCGCCCGUCGGCUCCGAGUACGAUGCUCUCUCUCUGCAUCUGGACCUAUUUUGCUGGGCUGCGCACUCUUCGAUAGUACUAUGGAAACAUCACAGUUCACAUCUGUUCCCACUGCCCCCAGCCACGACACAGCUUCAAUCAAAUCGACUCCAUCAACACCUCCAGUGUCUCCCAAAGUGGUUGUCCAGAACAUUACGACUCCGGCAAAAUUGGCGAGCCUUGCGCCACAGACGAAGUUGUCUGGAGCUGCUGCCUUAGCGCGACGUCAAGCCACAAGUCCAGCGAAAAGGAACCCGAUGAGUGAAGCACUCGCAAAGGACAAGGUCGAGCCGGAGACGAGCACUGGCGUGUCUCCGAACCCAGCAGCGGUGGUGUUCGCCAACCCGGUCAGUCGGGCCAGUGAUGCACCUGCGCAACAGGAAACGUCGGCGCCAUCUCAAAAGGUUCUCGGAAACAUCGCUAGCGCUGCCAACGCUAUGGAUACUUCGGGUAGUGCCACGAUCGCUCCCAUUGCCGGCUCAAAUGAGCCUACUGGCGAGCCAGCCACAUCUACAGCCACCACCGCCGGGCCAAGUAGUAGCACCACAGAUCCGUCGCUCCUUCAGCCUAGCAGGGACGGCAACGCACAGUUCCCGCUCUCGGUGCAGCCGUUGAGGGCCGGCAGUGCCUCCGAACAGCUUUCGGCGACCACACCUACCACCCCGGGAUUCAGUGCCACGACUCCGACCACACCGUUCAGUCCAUCGGCUACGACCCCCGGAGGCACGCGAGGCAAGCACACCUGUCAUCACUGCAACCAGACGUUCACCAGGCACCAUAAUCUCAAGUCGCACCUGCUUACGCACUCGCACGAGAAGCCCUUUCUCUGUCAGACUUGUCAGGCACGGUUUCGUCGUCUGCACGAUCUCAAGCGACACUCGAAGCUCCACACGGGCGAGAGACCUCACGUGUGUCCCAAAUGCACCCGGAAAUUCGCUCGCGGGGAUGCUUUGGCGCGCCACGCGCGUGCGGAAGGUGGCUGUGCGGGCCGACGGAGCUCGAUGGCCGGCGUGAGUGAGGAUGGUUCGAUGGGAAUGGCCGGAGGUGACGAGGACGGUAUGGAGGGUCUCGAAGUCCUGAUCGACGGAGAUGCCGAUGGAGAUGUGGAUAUGAUCGGAGCCAGUGGCACGGAUGGCGGCUCGAGACGGCGCAGCCUGCCUAGCAUCCGCACUGAUUUCUCGUCGGGAACCAGCGGUGUUGCUGGAGGUAACCCGAUCACGCCUGCAUCCGGUACGUCUGGCCACACACCAAACCAGCACCACAACACCUAUCCUCCUCUGGGCAAUCGGGCCAAUUCGAAUUCGGGACCGUCACCAGCGGGGCUCUUCCCACCCCACAUGACGGGCAAAACAUUCACCAUGAACAAUGCAUCGCCGAUGACUGCUGGACCGGCGCCCACGCCUACUUCUGCUGUGGCAGCGGGCAACGGUUCGAUCCUGUCGCCGCAUGGUUGCAUAACGGAUUCGCCGCGGCCGGUCUCGCCUGGCUCUUCAGCGGCACAUGAUAAUGGGUUCCCUGGGUUCCAGCAGCUCUCGGUGAAGUCGCCACAGAAGGGCCGACCGCACGAAACCCCUAGUGCUGCUCCGACCGCCAACAUGGGAGGGGCUCGCUUCACUGGAAGCGCUGAAAGUGUUUGGGCGUACAUAAAGGGCCUCGAAGAGAGGGUGCGAUCCCUAGAGGGCACUGUUGAAGAACUUCGGGAAGAGCUCAAGCAGAAGGCCAAUCCCUCCCAGGAGGCAUCGUCGUCUUCCUCAUCGACAGAGAAACAGGCGCAGCAGCAGAAGCAGGCGAUGGCAAAACCACCACAAGCGAUGCCGCAACAGGCUGCCGCUAGGAGUUGAGGAAACAAACUGAAGAAGCUGAUGGCUACUACGUGUAAUAAUCAAUUUCUAUUGUUGGAAUCAUAUCCCGCCUCCUGGGUACCUUUUCCUACUUCGUCACGGACUUGACGUAUUUUUCUUAGUU